UUAUUAUUAUUAUUUUUUCAGUUCUAAGAGAUGACUUCCGUCAGACGCCCAGUGAUGUGGUGGUAGCAGCAGGGGAACCUGCUGUCAUGGAGUGCAUCCCCCCAAGAGGUCAUCCUGAGCCCACCAUCUCCUGGAAGAGAAACAACAUCCGGGUCAACGAUCGAGAUGAAAGGAUUACUAUUCGUGGAGGCAAGCUGAUGAUCUCUAACAGCAGGAAAAGUGAUGCUGGAAUGUAUGUYUGUGUUGGAACCAACAUGGUUGGAGAGAAGGACAGUGAUCCUGCUGAYCUGGUUGUAUUUGAGAGGCCAGUCUUCAUCAAACAGCCAGUGAACCAGGUGGUGUUAGCAGARGACACGGUGGAGUUCUUCUGCGAGGUGCACGGAGAUCCACUUCCAACAGUCCGCUGGCGGAGAGAGGAGGGAGAGCUGCCGCGAGGAAGAUUUGAGCUUCGCAGUGAUAACAGCCUCCGUCUGAGCCAAGUCCGAGCAGAGGACGAGGGCUCUUACACCUGUGUGUCUGAGAACAGUGUGGGGAAGGCCGAGGCCUCUGGCACGCUAACGGUGCACGUUGGCCCAUCCUUUCCUCCUCAAAUCGUGGUGCGGCCUCGCGACCAGAUCACUGCACCGGGUCGCACCGUAACCUUCCUCUGCAGCACCAAGGGAAACCCUCCGCCGGCCGUGUUCUGGCAGAAGGAAGGCAGCCAG